UGGAGCUGCCUGGGAGAGCCACCUUAAAAGCGGCCGGCUGCCUGCCGGGCUAUUGUGGAGUGAUGCAGGGCUGAGCUCCAGUGUGGAGUGGAAGGGGGGGGUGAGAUCAAGUCACUCCUGGAGCUGGAGCCAGCUAGGGUCCCGGGACGCCCUCAUUGCCUAGACCUAGUCCUCUGGAAACCAGCGGCAUUUGAGACUCUCGGAGCCACCUGACAGGGCUGGGGGAGCUGGAAGAUGCUGGUGGCUUUGCUCUUGCUGCAAGGAGCGUCGCAGGUGGUGGCUGGAGGCAGCAGGUCCCGCUGGACAUAUGCAGGUCCCUAUGGCAAGGAGCACUGGGAGGCCGACUUCCCGGACUGCGGGGGCACAGCCCAAUCUCCCAUCGACAUCCAGACGGGGGCCACAUGGCAUGACCCCUCCCUGCUGCCCGUCCUGCCCCUGGGGUACGGGAGCCUCUGGGAUGACACCUUCACCCUCCACAACAACGGCCAUACAGUGAAGAUGUCACUGCCCCCCACCAUGACCCUGCAGGGGCUGCCAUGGGUGUGCACGGCUGUCCAGCUGCACUUGCACUGGGGCCGGCAGGGCCAGGCCGGGGGGUCUGAGCACCGGCUGGAUGGCGAGGCGGCACCUGCGGAGCUGCACGUGGUGCACUACAAUUCGGAGACCUAUGCCAACCUGAGCCAGGCCCAGCACCAGGCUGAUGGGUUGGCUGUGCUGGGCAUCCUCAUUGAGGCUGGUGACACGCCCAACCCUGCCUAUGAUAACAUCCUCCGUCACCUGGAUAGUGUCCAGCAUGCAGGCCAGAGCAUCUCCAUCCCAGCCUUCGACGUGGGUGAACUGCUGCCACAGAGGCUGGGGCACUUCUACCGCUACAAUGGGUCACUGACCACACCACCCUGCCUGCAGAGUGUGCUCUGGACCGUCUUCCACCAGCGUGUCCGCAUCUCCAGCGCCCAGCUGCAGCAACUGCAGCAGACUCUCUUCUCCACGGAGCUGGGGAGCCCCCACCCACAGCCCCUGCUGGACAAUUUCCGGGAGCCCCAGGCAUUGAAUGACAGGCUGGUGCUGGCCUCCUUCCCUGUGGGUCCCACGGGCUACAGCACAGGAGAGAUCAUCGCCAUCGUUUUUGGUGUCCUGGUUGGGUGUCUCGGUGUUGGCCUUGCUGCCCACUUUGUGGCAAAGAGGAUACGCUAGGACGAAGAGGCGCCGGGAGCAUGAUGUCGUGUUCAAAUCCUCGUCCAAGCGUGUGACGGUGGGCUAGGGAUGUCAUGCCUGAGCCCCGUGGACACCCCUCCCUCCCACCCUGAUGCUUCUGCCCCAAGGUGGAGGCACGGACAGCACAGCGGGAGCAGAGGUACAGCUCCCCUUGAGCACUGCCCCUGCCACUGCCUGGGGGAGCCAGCCAGUGUGUGAUGAGUUCGGCAAGUCUCAGCCCAGGAGAACAUGCCCCCGUCCUGCCAGUCCACAAUCACAGCUGGUGGUGACCAAGCCCCCUGGCUCUGGGUUGCCACUGAACCCACAAGGCAGGGGGGGUCCAGGUAGAUUUCGGACACAGCUGGACCAGGCCCCAGAUCUGCCAUGAUGCUCCACAUGUAGCACGCUACUCAGUUGCCCCCCUGCCUGUGUCACAAAGAUGCUGCUGGCACCAGGGGCCAGAUCCAGAAAUAAACCACCUC